AAGGAUAAAGGAUAGCCCCAGAUAACCAAGGUAGCGUCAGCAUCCUAGUUUCUCUAACACCGCUGUGAAACCAUCCCAUUUUCUGGAAUUGUAGAUAAGUAUCAAGACUGACUCCAGGGAUGUCUAGGCCCAUAGAGAAGCAGGUGGAUGAUGAUGCCAUAGAAAUAUAGUUUCUUUGUAAAUGGUAGUGUGUGUGUGUGUUUUAAGUAGCAAAUCACGUUGUACCUGAAUGCUUGAAAAGUAUAAGAACCGUGUGUAAAACCACAUUCCAGGUGCCUCAGUUUGAAUGAGACGCCUCAUGUGCAUGCAUAAAAGGAUUACUUUUGUAAUUCUGUACUGUGGGUCCUAGCCUCCCUCCUUGGUCAGUGUGGGCUGUAACAAGCCCUUGCAUAAAUGGGCCGAUGCAAAAUUUCUCUGUUUAGUUAAAGUAACCAAGUGGUUGCAGAGGUGGUUACUUAAGUGAGAAACAUGCAGUAUCUUUUCCCUGAACAUGCAAAGACAGGAGUUUGACAAUUUCUGGUACUGCUGGCUCUGCAUUGCCACUCUUCAGAGCUCUUCAGGUGGCUGUGGAUUUGAGAAGCAAUGGAAAUGUAGUUUGGUAGUGAACUGGUCAGGUCAAGGAUUGCAAAAACUGGGUCCGACCUUACCCUGUGAUGCUGAUACUCACACUCUGAUACUGGACAAAAACCAGAUAAUUAAAUUGGAACACUUGGAGAAAUGCAGGAAUCUGAUGCAGCUCUCUGUAGCCAACAAUCGUUUGGUGCGAAUGAUGGGUGUAGCAAAACUGACUAAGCUCCGGGUGCUAAACUUGCCUCAUAAUAGUAUUGGUUAUGUGGAAGGGCUGAAGGAUUUGGUGCACCUGGAAUGGCUGAACUUGGCAGGAAAUAACCUUAAGGCCAUUGAACAAAUCAAUUCCUGUCUAUCUCUUCAGCAUCUUGAUUUGUCAGACAAUAACAUAGCUCAAUUAGGCGAUCUCUCCAAGCUUACGUCGCUGAAGACUCUCUUGCUACAUGGAAAUAUUAUAACUUCACUUCGCACUGCCCCUGUUUGCCUACCUCAGAAUCUGACUGUUUUUUCUUUGGCAGAAAAUGAAAUCAGAGACUUAAAUGAGGUUUCUUUCCUGGCCUCUCUUUGUCAAUUGGAACAGUUGUCCAUUAUGAACAAUCCUUGUGUGAUGGCCACACCUUCCAUCCCUGGCUUUGACUACAGGCCAUAUAUUGUCAGCUGGUGUCUGAACCUUAAAGUUCUUGACGGAUAUGUGAUUUCUCAGAAGGAGAGUUUGAAAGCAGAAUGGCUCUACAGUCAAGGUAAAGGAAGAUCGUAUCGACCUGGGCAGCAUGUUCAGCUGGUCCAGUACUUGGCUACUGUUUGUCCUCUUAUAUCUACAUACGGUCUCCAGACUGAAGAGGAUGCCAAACUAGAAAAAAUACUGAGUAAGCAAAGGCUCCACCAGAGGCAGUUGAUGCAUCAAAACCAAAACGAAGGACCACCUACAUCUUCUACUCCCAACAAAAUGCUGCCAGUUACUUAUGAACACAGCAGUCCAGCCCAGCCACCGCAGAUAGUUCUUGAAAGUGAACCUAUCAUCCAGAAGAAUUCUUGGGUUGGACCAAGUACAAACGAUGAUCAUUCCUAUGCAGUAAAGAACACUUUUCUUCUUGAAAGAAGUUUUCGCAAGGAGCUAUACCUUGAAGAUAUACAGACAGAUGAAGACAAACUAAACAGCAGCCUUUUAUCCUCAGAGUCUACUUUCAUGCCAGUUGCUUCAGGAUUGUCUCCAGUGUCUCCUACUUCAGACCUGAAGCUACAUGGAAUCAAUUUGGGCCUAGAAGAUGAUGAUACAGUGAUUGAAUGUGUAAGCGAUAUUAAUAGCAGAGAAACAGCUAACAAGCAAGAAGCUUCAUGUAUUACAGGAGAGCACUCCAGCAGAAGAGUGGGAAGCAUGGAAUCUCAAGAGGAUAUGCUGUUGACCUCUGAUCCAGUAACAGCGAGCCUGAUGGCUAAUAAUAGCAACUCUUCAGCAUCUUCUGACGACCAAGUUCUGCAUAGUCACCCCAGCACCUCAGUAGGUGCUGAAUCGGGAGUUACAACUCUCUGUCUUGACCAGAGGGCAGGAGAAAGUUCUGAUGCAUUAGCUGUUGCUGAUCAAGGCGCAGGUGAACUACAAAGAAUGACUAAAGCAGCUACCAAGCUUCAAGCCUGCUGGAGAGGAUUUUAUACGAGGAACUACCAUCCCAGAGCCAAGGAAGUGCGGUAUGAAAUUCGGCUAAACAGAAUGCAGGAGCAUAUAAUUUGCUUAACUGAUGAAAUAGAAAAACUAAGAAAAGAAAGAGAGGAAGAUAAGAUUCAGAGGCUUGUACAGGAGGAAGCUGUCAGAUUUCUUUGGAACCAGGUUAAAUCCCUUCAACAAUGGCAGCUUUCAGUGACACAAAAUGUAGGUGCCACUUGGCAACCUGGGAUCCCUUCAGCUGGUACUUUCUGUCCAUCCGAGCCAUCUACUCGAUCAUCCGCGCUUGAGCAAGAAACCCCACCAGCUGUUAGUUCUGCUUGGUUAGUUCCAGCUAGUGAUGUUCUUCAGGAAAAGUCUUUGUUGCAGUUCCCAGAUUCUGGUUUUCAUUCUUCCAUGGCUGAUCAGACUCAUGCCAGUGACUUUUGUAGCUCUGAAAAGAGUUUAACAGAAGGGACUGAGAGCUCUCUUUCAAUGGAAACUGUCAAACAAUGUGGCCAUUCUGUUUCAUCAUAUUCCUCAGAUGUAGAGGAUGGCUGUGGGGAAUGUGGGCAAAGUAAAGAGAGUAAUGAGCAGGACAACGGACUAAUACAGCAGUAUUUGGAAUCUGUUCAGCAGCUGGAAGAGGCUGAUGAAGGAACACAUUGCAAUGAUGAAACAGACGGUAGCUGGCCGCCGAUCGCUGUUUCAGCAGAAAGCCAAGAUUCUUCAUUUGACGCUGUCUCUGUAGACCUCCCUCAAGAUACAUCUUCCCCUGCCCGCAGUGAAAUCAGUCAGGCACCAGAAAGCUGCAAACUGAAUUCAGGAAUGGUAGAAGGGAAGCAAACGGACUGCGAUUCUUCAUUUCAGAUGCUGCAUGUUGGGAUAGCUGUAUAGUAGGCUCAGUUUCACAAAGGCCUAGGGAUUCCAUUUCACUUUCCUUUCUCUUUCUUUUUUCCAUUUGUAUAAAACUGAUUUUUCAUGUGUGCUGUUUUAGACUUUGACUCAUGUUACCAAUUAUUGUUUUCAUUAUUAUUUUAUUGAUGUUGCUGAGAACUGACACUAACUAUGCUAAUUUGAAAUCAGCAAAAUUCUCAGUGACAGUCAUUAUGCACUUUAUUUUCAAACAUAAAACCGAUAUCCUAAUACCUGGCUUCCAUUAAAUUAAUUCUGAAGAUUGGGCAUGUUGUUGGGGAGCAUGUUUGCUGUAAAUUCACUGUGGUGAAUGUGUUAGUAAGUCUUUGAAUUUUUUUCUAAAAAGCAGGAUUGAGUUCUUACUUUGCAAAGAGAAGGAAACAAUAUGGGAAGAAACGGGGUCAAUAUAGGCAGCGUGUGCGUGUAUGGAUACAACCUAAUGAGAAAGAUGAAAGUAGUUGCCUUUCGGACUUCUUUUGACUUUAACAAGAGUAGUUUGGUUAGUGUUUCAAAGCUGCAUUCCAUGAAACCAGUGUCCAAGUCAGUAACUUCUUUUUGUCAUUUACUUGAAGCUACUGGCUAGGAAUUAGGUCAUUUAUAUACACACUGAAACAAGGACUUACAGGAUUCAGACCUUAGGGAGCUUCAAACAAACUUUGACCUUUGUUUGCCCUGGGGUUGAAUUUCCCUGCUUUCUCAGGUAAGACUCAAAGUGUAACCAGUAGCAGCCUUUACUAAAUAAGAAUUUCAAAAGGGCAUGUGAAAUUCUUCAGCAGCAAACUUGGUGACGUGUGUUUUGCCUCCAAAAGGAUGGUAAUGUCAUUUUGGGAUUUGGAUCUGCAUGGCUUUCAAGACAUUAGUGCGUUUGAUGGAUCACAACUACUUCUAUCUACAGGUAUAAAUAUUAAAAGCAAAUGCCAUGACUUAAAACUAUUUCUUGACAUCUCUGUUGGGUUUUUUGUUUAUUUUUAUUUUUUUCUCUGUAUGCCUAGUAUUUGACAUUCUAAUUAGAUGUGGAUAAAAAGCUGUAUUUCUUCCCUGUUGGCAAAUGUGCUAAUUUACCUAGGCUAUGCUUUCCACUUAAACACUGGGUAAGCAGUAGGGUUUCUAUCUUGCCUAGCCGUCGCCAUACUGGUUUUUUUAAUGGAAAAAGAUCAGGUAUCUUAGUGUACUGCAAAAGUGGCAAGGGAAAUCUGUUUUGCCAUGUGAUUUGUGAUGGACACUAGUAAAAUAAAAGUUGAUGUUGUGACUUCUAGGGGUCAGUUCAGUUUGCUAAUACUGCAUUUUGCAAUGUGUACUGGAAGGCCAGUGUUUCACUAGUUUGCUAAUAUUAAUUUCUCAAAUAUAAAGACACAUGCAUAUUAUAAUUCUGUGUAGCCAUAGGUUAACUUCUGGUGCUAUGGUGUCAUUAAAAUCAACUAGUACUGUUUUAAAGUGACUCUUAUGGCCCUAUUACCAUGUAAAAUAAUUUAAAUUUUGUAAACGCUUUGGUUGCUUGUCUACUUUUAGGUUCUGAGCUGAAAUUUACCACUACUCAGGAGUUUGGCAUGAGGCCAGUAUCCGCUUGAGGCCUCAAAAUAGCCUUUAUUUAGGACAUAAAUGGUGUAUUGGCCUUGUACCAGACAUCUGCCCAGUGGUGAAGUUCACCUUGGAAGAAUAAAGCUUGCCUCUGUGUAAAGAGUAGCCAUCAUCUCUUUUUCCCCACCCCCCAAAAGAAUAAGUUCUAGGGCACUAACUUCUCCAAAGUGCCGUCAUUGCAGUCAAGCUGACAUUUGACUGUGCCUUGCAUACAUGACAGUGUUUUAAAAAAAAAAACCAAAACCAAACCAAAAAACAAUGGAGGCGGUAGAUUCUUAAUGUGCUAUCUUUCUAACUCAGUCUACUUACAGCAUGUUUGUAGCAUAACCAUAUUCAUAAUUAGAUCUUAGAGCAUGAGUGUGCUUGGGUAUUGAAAGUGGUACAGGCGUAUUAAUGUAUCACAGCAUCUAAUUAACUGUGCAAAGAAAUGUGUAGUCUACGUGAUCAUACCCUUGUCAUCUGAAGGUUCUCAACUUGGAUUUAAAUCUGCCAUGCUUGGAGAUCUCUGCAGUUCAUAGGAUUUGACGGUCAAUCUGUUAUAAAAAAAGAUCUUGUGUAAACCUUUAAAGAGACUUUCUUUGAGGUUUGAGAGAGAAAUUAUUUCUGUCUGUGAAACAGUUGUUGGACUGUACACUCUGGAGGCAGUGGUUAGGUGUAAUAAAACAAUAAGUUCUCUUUUGUGGCAGGGUGCUGUAUUAACGUACUUACUGAAGACACCGAGGGAUCAUAUAUAUUUUGCUAUUUUCUAUUACUGUCACUUUUACUGCAGAAUUAGAGGAGAAACAACUUUAAUUUUGGAGGUGUCAAAGGGGGAAAACCUGGUGAAACUUUUUCAUGGAAACCCUAGGUGUUUCUUGACAUUUCCCCUGUUAUUAGGGCUUGCAAACAGAAACACAAGAUGACUUAUUUUAACUAAUGCCUAGGUUAAUUGUUGGCUUUUUUAAACUUGUAUAUCCAAGAGUGAUUUCAUGAAGGUACAGCAAAGUGUGUACUGACACAUAAUCAGCUUUAACUUACUCUUUUGAGGAAGCUGAGAAAUAUGAAAGACUUUUUUUCUGAUGUUCUGAAAAGUAUCUUGCAUGUGUAGAAGAUGAGUUGCCUAAAUAUACAGAAAUCAUAAAGAAUGGUGAAGUUUUGGAUUAGUUUUUACAGGGUUAAAUGUAAUUAGUUUGUAUAUACACAAAAUAUUUUCAUCCUGACUAUUAAAAUACAUACAGAGAAAGACAUAAUGGGAGAUAGAGUGGAAAAAUAACAAAUCAAACUGGAUGCAUAUUUUAAAAUGGUUUCUUUCAGUCUGUUUUGAGCUUUCAAAGAAUCAUGAUAUGGAAAUACCGUAGUUUAAUAUAUGGCUUAACAUUUACUCUUCUUUGUGUAAGUUUUCUUAAUCUAGGUAUGUAAUAUUGUUUUCCCCAGAUAGGGAUGCACAGCUCCCUUCGGAGAUGAUGGGAAUUUCAUAAAGGAAUCUGAAAGCCUAAUAUAUGAAAAUCCAUGUCUGAAAUUUUCCUGUAUUAAUAUUUUAUGUCUUACAGCAUUUUCCUUUUGCAAGGCUUCAUAUUCACCAGAAGAAUGUACUUUGCAGAAGGAAAAGCUUGCCUGUUGUAUUUUAUCCUGGACUGAUCCUCCAGUGUUGAUGGAAGAGAUUACUAAUGGUUAUUUGUCAGGCAAUGUUGUCAGCUCUGCCGUGAGUACAGUUUAAGUGCUUCUUUAAUUUGCUUUAGCAAAAUCAGUUAAAUAUAGCUCAGACUAACUAUUUAAACUAUGCCACACAGCUAGUUUUGCCCCAAAUGAGAUGGUUGGCACAUGCAAACCUCUUUCAGCCAGUCUCUGGCAGAAAUCAUCCUUUUCCUCCUUUUCUGAAGAUAGGGUACAAGGGGGAAGGUGGGAAUGCAUUUAUCUGUGUUUUCAGGUUUGGUCUGUGAUAGCAAUCAGAAAAGAGUUGGUGUUACCACUUCAAUUUUUUUCCAGUUGUUUCUAUAGUUUACAUGCUUCAAUCUUUCAUGUACUCAAGAAUGUAAUUUUUCUACUGUGUGUAAUAUUUGAUAGACACUGUUCUAGAUGGUAUUUCGAAAGGGAGAAUAUCCUGAAAGCAGUCCUGUUCAUAUUUUAUAUUUCAAGGGGUUUUUUAAGAUACUUGGAUUGCGUUGAUUUCUCUCUGUUAGAUAACUUCUUUAUAAAAGAAAACCACAAGGCAAUGCCUCAUUAAUGAAAGUAAGUACACUUCUCUUUCUGCCACCUUCUAUGAACUGACCUAAUGGUCACAACUCUUUAGUACCUAAAGCUGUAAUUUAAAUGAAUGGCAGAUUUAGCUGCUGAGUGAAAGCAGCAACUCUAAUGUGGGUUUUUUUGUGGUGACUAUUCCUGUGUGGUGCUAUUUCGUAAAAAAGGAUGUGUUGCAAGGAUGGAAUUUUUAAAACGUGCUGAACAUUGGCCUCACUCUGCUUUCACUUCCUUAAAAGAAGCAGGGUCAUGCUUAAGUUGAGUCCUUGUGAACUGGCUGUCUAAAUUGGGAUUUUAUCGUAUUUACACCUCCAGAAGUGUUCUUAUUGCCACAAAGCGAGAAGGCAUUAAGACAGCAAAUUUUAUUUUGUUGCUUCUAAAACACAGAUAUCUUUCAGCAAAUACUUGAGAAAGUCUUUGUUAAACUAAAUUGCAGAAGCUUAACCAUUUGUUUAUAGUUAAGUUCCUUAAACUACCAUAGAUUCUACUAUUUGCAUGCAGCAAAUUAAAUAAUGCACUUAGCAGCCAGUCUAUCUGUAUAUAAAAACCAAGUUUGGUUCUUUUUCUGAAUAAUGUUGUAUGUCAUUGAGCUUGCAAAUUGUUUCUGUUUUUUAUGAAUUUGUAUAUAUUGUCUGAAGAACGCUAAUCUUAAUUUCUACUUGUAGUAGGUUGUUUGAUGAACAAAAAUGGAAGAUAAAUUCCUUUGAGACUACCUGGGUACUUUUUACUGGACUUGAAGUUACAGUGUGUCUCAUACAGAUACACUUUUUCCUGAGAGGAUAGAAAUGUAGCAUUUAGUGGAGACUGACUGUACGACAAUAAGAACUGGUCAGUUCCCCUGCUUUUAGCUACUGGAAAAGAGACUUUUUUUCUGUUGUAUUAACUCCUCCCCCCCCCCCCCCCCCCCCCCCCCGAGGACUGUGCCACCCAAAUAAGUAAGCAUCAAAUACACAUGAAGUCUUUUAAAAAGUUUUCUUUCCUAGUUACUGUUUGGGUUUUUUUUCCCCCCAGUUUGGCUUUCUAGGACAAGUUACUGAAAGACACUUGCUUUCUAUAUGUCUGCUAAACAGUUGGGACUUUCUGUCUAUUUUUAAAUGCUUUCUUUAUGUCAGCAAUGCAAAAAAACACAGGAUCCUUUUCUUGCAAAAGCAUAAAACAGUAUUUAUCAAGAAAGGUGCUUUAUCUCUUGGAAAGUGCCAUGCCAAAUUUUAUUGUAUAAAAGCUCUCAAUAACAAACUUCUUUUCUGGCUUCAUUACAUUUAUAAGUAUAUGGGCCAAAUUAACUUGUAGCAUAAUUCUACUGAACUAAAUUUUGUUGAGGCUUUCACAGUAAUAUUCUACCUCUAAACUAGAAUUUGAAAAAAAAAACAAAACCAAAACCCAACAAUUAGGCAUUGAUGUAUCUUUCUACUUCUCACUAUUUUCUGUGAAAAAUGGUGGGUGGUUAAAUUGGUACAGUUCGUAUAUUUUCUAUAAGUGUUGACAUUUCUGGAUUUAUUGUUUCUUAAAUAUUUUGUUUGUACCUCUGAGUUUU